AUGAAGACAAAGUCAUCUCACCACAAGUCCGAGAACACGUUUAAGUUCCAGACAUUUUCAGAAAGACUAGCAAAUGUGAACAUUGAUAUUAUACAUCGCAUUGACAGAACAGAGAGCUAUUCAGAGGAUGUGGAGACAUACUUCUUUGAAGGGUUACAGAAAUGGCGGGAUCUGAACCUUACUGAGAAUUUUGGAACAUUCUACCGAGAAGUAUCCAGUAAAUGCCAGUCAUUCCAUCUGCUGGUUUACCAUCAGAAUGCCAUAGUCCAAAGUCUGAAGAACCACUUACAAGUGAAGAACAGCCUUGCCUACCAGCCACUGCUUGAUUUGGUGGUCCAGCUGGCCCGAGAUCUUCAGGCUGACUUUUAUCCACACUUUCAAGACUUUUUCAAAGCUAUCUCUUCUUUGCUGGACACAAAGGACACUCAGUUGAUAGAAUGGGUAUUUACAUCCUUGUCUUACCUGUACAAGUACCUUUGGAGGAUGAUGGUGAAGGACAUGCCUACAAUAUACAGUUUGUACAGCACUCUGCUUGCCCAUCACAAAGCACAUAUCCGAAAUUUUGCUGCAGAGAGUUUUGCAUUCUUAAUGAGGAAGGUACCUGAUUUUAAUGGACUGUUAAACCUCAUGUUUCGGGACCUUAAUGAACAUCCCCAGAAGGUGGAAGGCUUAGGGCAGCUACUGUUUGAAAUGUGCAGGGGGGUCAGACACAUGUUUCACUCUUGUGCCACAAAGGCAUUGCGCAUGGUUCUACAGAAGAUUGGACCAGUGACAGAAAUUGAAGAACAGUUGCCUUGGACUUUAGUAGGCGAGGCGCUGAAACAUUUUGUGGCGUCAGCUACUUCUUCCAUUAACAUAGAACACUUGCAACCACUUUUUACUAAUAUUCAGGAAUCUCUACUCGAGCUUUCAUCCAAAAUGGGUGCUAAUCACAGUGCACAGUGCUCAGAUCAGAUAGAACGAUUACUAGAGGCUUAUUCUAUCCUUGUGGAGUAUGGUCAAGGGUCAAAGAUUCCUCAGCCAGAACAGGUGUCUAAGACGUUGACAAAAUUGUUACAAGUUCCCAACACUUCAUCAUCUUGUUGUUAUAGACUUCUCAGUAUCAUCUCUACACUUCUUCUCAGUGAGAGCGUCUCUUUGCCAGUGUCUGAGAUUAAAAACACAGUAAAUAAGGUUUUUGACAGUGGAUUUUCAAGAAGAUUGCUUAUGGACUUCUCAGAAAGGCUGUUCAAAAUGAACCAGUUUGAGCAGCAUUUUCUUCCAAGCUUCCUGAAGUAUAUUCUUCCGUUUUUCACCGAUGAGAACCCCACUGCUAGGAGUGAGGCCUUGGCAAUUUUAACAAAUCUAAUUUUGGAAAAAGCUGAACCCCCAACAGUUGGUUCUAUGGCAUUUGAAAAAUAUCCCCUUGUUUUUUCGGAAAAAUCUAACUGGUAAUUUUACUUGUUGAAAUUGCUCACACUAUAAUGUAGUCUUCGUUCAAAGUUGAUAAGUGGCCAGAGUGAAGGAUAUGCAGCGCUGGAUUACAUGCUGUCUUUGGUUCAUCUGUCACCUGAUCUGGAUGCCUAUGAAAUAUCACACUGCUGGGCUGCACUUACUGUUCUGCCUCAUUUGAGACCUCUGGAUAAAGAAAGAAUCAUACCAAUUUUAUCAGACUUUAUUGGAAGCAUUUUUUCUUUAAUAAACCAAACAAAAUUUAUUCAGGGAGUGUUGUGCAUAGCUUGCCAGGCAGUGAGUACACUGCUCAGUCUGGAUGAGUCUGCUGAAAUUCUACAUGUGCUUCCUAUGGAAAAAGUGAAAGACCUGCUGCUUUUUUCCCCUGGUGAUCCAAGUGCCUUGCUCUUGGCCGAUCUCUAUUUUACUAGAUUAGUGUUCUGUGGUUGCCAACAGCAACUUUCACAAGAUAUCCAGAUGGAGAUAUUUUCCAAGUUGCAGUAUAAUAUAUCAAGCAACUUAUCAAAGGUGCGACUUCUUACUAUAAGGAUAUUAACUCACUUUUCUGCCCAGCCAACUGAAAGCCUAGAGGACUCUAAAGAAGGAGAGAACAUUCAUGUGUUCUCUAUCCUUCUGCAAGCUGAGCUCGUACCAGCCACAGUCUAUGAAUACAGAGAGAAGUUGCUUCACCUUCGUAAACUAAGGCAUGACCUUGUGCACGCAAUUGCAAAUGAAGGCUUCAAGGAGACGCCAUUGAGGUAUUUACUAGCAAUGCUAUAUAUUAACUUCACCCCUCUGUGGGAUCCUGUUAUUGAGCUUAUUACUUCUCAUGCAAAUGAAAUGGAAAAUAAAGCUUUCUGGAAGAUUUUCUACGAGCAUUUGGAAAAGUCUGCUGUUCAUGCUGAAAAGGAACUCCAGGAUGAGCUAAGUGAGGAAGCACCAAACAGCCAGAUCCAAGGAAUUGAACUUUCUGGUGCUGGAGAUGUCGGAAUCCUUUAUGCUCAUGUGCUGAAAUGUCGAACUGAUAUAAAUGAGAGGACUGAUUACACAAAUUUUCGGUUCCUGCUUUGGAAAGCAAUGUCACUAUUUCCGGAUAAGGUGGAGCCAAGGUCAAGGGAACUUUCCCCUCUCCUGCUCAGGUUCAUAAGCAAUGAGUAUUAUCCAGCAGACUUUCUAGUAGCCCCAUCCCAGGACCUUCGCAAGAAAAGCAUCGGCAGUGCAAAGAGAGGAGCCGAUGAAAGUCUCACUGUAGAAGAGGAUGUAACUAUGGAAGAAGAAGACCAUGCAGAGUCUGAGGAACCCAGCAAUACAGGGUUGCAAACAAAGAAAACAAGAAGAGCUGCUUCAAAACAGCUCACUGAACACUUAAAAGUGUUUUCAAAGUUUUCUAAUCCACGUUCUUUGUUCCUGGAGCCCAAGUUACAUGACCUCUAUACUCAGUUGUUGUGUCAUCAAGAUCAGAAUGUACAGAAAGUUGCUUUGGAAUGUAUGCUGAGCUACAAACACCCCCAUAUACUUCCCUACAAGGAAAAUUUGCAACGGCUUCUGGAAGACAAAAGCUUUAAGGAGGAAAUUGUACAUUUCAGUAUUUCAGAGGAGAAUGCAAUAGUAAAGCCGAUGCACAGAGCAGAUCUAAUGCCUGUGCUUAUGAGAAUAUUGUAUGGCCGUAUGAGAAGCAAAACUGGCAGUAAAACACAAGGCAGGUCAGCUGCGGGAACUCGCAUGUCUAUAGUUCUACGAUUCCUGGCCGGCUCACUGCCUGAAGAGGUCCGACUGUUCCUGGAUCUUCUGUAUGAGCCAGUGAAGCAUCUAAAAGAUGGUGGUUGCCUUGGUGCAGUGCAGCAGUCGGUGGAACAAGUAGACCUUUCAAAGGUUCUGCCUCUGGGGCGCCAGCACGCCUUGCUCAACAGUUUGGAAGUAGUUUUGAAAAACCUUGGUAAUCUUAUCAGCCCCUACUUACCUGAGAUGCUCCAGAUUUUACUCUGCAUGACUGCUACUGUGUCGCACAUUCUAACGCAGAAAGAAAAGAUCCAGUUAAAAUGUAUAAAUCCAUUAAAGAAUCUGCGGCGUUUGGGAAUGAAACGAAUAGUAGACUUUUUCACUGACUUUGAGACGUACCCAUAUUCUGCUGAAGAAAUUGAUGCUUUAUUUCUUGCCGUCAUCUGGCCACAGAUUGGCAGAUUAGCUUUGGAAAGUCAACAUUCUCCUUCACUUCUCCUAAAGCUUAUUCAUACUUGGAGUCAAAAUGCUAGGUACUUUCCUUUACUUGCUAAACAAAAACCUGGACAGGCAGAAUAUGAUGUCUUGGCCAAUACAUUUGCCCUUCUUGCCACGAAGGGUUUAACUGAGUCAACGGCAACUGUUGUUAUAGAUGUAGCUGCUAAUCUGCUCAACACUCCAGACUAUGAAGAGUCAGACAGUCUUUCCCCCUUAUUGGUAAAUGAUUGUGUUAUUGCUGACGCCCCUAAUAACAAUGAAGGGUCUCCAAGCACUGGUAUGAAGCUGGUGUUAGCACAUGUCCCUGCAAUUCUUCAGUACCUGAGUAAAAGCAUGUUGAAUUCAGAAAAGAUGCGCAAAAAGAAAUAUAGUGCCCAAGUUAGCAAGGAACUCAAUAUCCUUUCAAAGAUUAGCAAGUUUAUUUGGGACAAAGAACAGAGUAAUGUGCUUAUUGGGCUACUUAUAUCAUACUUACAUAAGAGUAACAUAGCUGAGGAUACAGAGGUUGACAUCCUGGCAACAGUACAAAAUCUACUCAGGCAGUCUGUGAACCCCACAAGUUUCUUGAAGCCAUUGGGCAAAUUAUUUGCUGUAGUGCAGAACAAGCUCUCCCGGCAGACACUUUGCACUACAUUUGAGGUCCUGUCUGAAGUAGCUCCUGAGUUACAAUAUAUCACUGAUGUUGCUGUUAAGUUAAAUGCAUUUGAUCGAAGGCAUUUGGAUGAUAUCCACUUCGAUGUGCGACUAACCGCUUUCCAAACAGCAUCUUCUCUUAUUAAAGACAUGAAGGUGGUUGAUAUGAACUAUAUUUUUCCACUCAUGCACAACUGUUUCUACACCAUUCGGCUUGGUGAUAUGUCCCUAAGUGAUAAUGCAAGCCUGUGCCUCACUAACAUAAUGAAGCUUCUGGCAACAGUGAAACACACUGAGGCGGAAUUCCGUGAGAUAAUACAACGUACCCUGCUAGAGAGCAUGAAAAGUGGACUCCGAAGUAAAGUGGAGAGUGUUCAGCAAGACUAUACUACUUUACUUUCUAAUUUGAUACGGACCUUCCCAGAGCAUCCUGAGUUCUCAGACUUGGUUCAACUCACAGAUUACAAUGAUCCCGAGAUGGACUUCUUUGAGAACAUGAAACACAUUCAGAUCCACAGGAGAGCCAGGGCAUUGCGGAAAUUAGCCAAACAUAUUACAGAGGGAAAUCUGGUGAUCUCCUCCAAAUCCCUCCAGAAUUAUAUUAUGCCAUAUGCCACCAGCACUAUAUUUGAUGAAAAAAUGCUUAAGCAUGAAAAUAUGGUUAAUGCAUCAGUGGAAAUGAUAGGAUCACUUUGUAAAAAUCUUCCUUGGUCUGCCUACAUGUAUCAGUUAAAACAUUUUAUUCAUGUGCUUCAGACGGGACAAGUCGAUCAAAAACUGGGUGUCAGAAUGCUGGUGACUGUACUUGAUGCAUUUCACUUUGAUCAUGCCACUCUGGAGAAGCAGCUUCAAGAAGCCAAAGAUUGUGAAAGUUCAAAGAAUGCUGAGGAAGAUAUAGAGGAUGAAGUAAUGGAUAUAGAUCAAGAAGAAGAGGAAGAGCAAAUGAACACUCAGGAUAAGGAGAAUUCCACCAAUCAGAACCCAUCUGAAAAGGUUGAUAGUAGUCCAAAACAAAAAAUAACAUUGAACUCCCUCCCAAGAAACAAGGAACAGCUGGCAUCCCUUAUAACUCACAUUCAGGAGACAGUAAAAGGCAACAUCCUACCAAAGCUGCAGAAGUGCCUAGACGCCAAGGUAAAGAGAGAAGACGAGCACAAGUUGGUGAAAAGUAAAGCUGUCAAUGAAGAGGAAGUGGUCCGUGUCCCUAUAGCAUUUGCCAUGGUGAAACUAAUGCAGACACUUCCACAAGAGGUGAUGGAGGUCAAUCUGCCCAGCAUCCUAAUAAAGGUCUGUGUCCUCCUGAGAAACCGAGCUCAAGAAAUCCGAGAUAUUGCAAGAAACACUAUAAUUAAGAUUAUGGAAACACUUGGGCCUCGAUAUCUGCAUUAUGUGUUAAAGGAGAUGCAAACUGUUCUAGUAAAAGGAUACCAGGUUCAUGUGCUGACAUUUUCGGUGAACCUGAUAUUGAAAGGACUUACUGCCAAUCUGAAAAGUGGAGACCUUGAUGGCUGUAUAGAAACUUUGAUCCAGAUUUUCAACAAUGAGCUUUUUGGAGCCAUUGCAGAGGAAAAAGAAGUGAGAGGGAUCGUCUCUAAAAUAAUGGAAGCUCGAAGCAGCAAAAGCUACGAUUCUUACGAACUGCUCGCUCAGUUUAUUGGGAAAGACCAGGUUGUAAAACUGAUCCUGCCCUUGAAAGAGAUUUUAGAGAAGACAACAAGUUUGAAGAUUGCUCGCAAAGUGCAUGAAGCUUUCCGUAGGAUUGUGUUUGGUUUAGUAGCCAAUAAAGAUAUGUCGGCAGAAUCCAUUCUUUUACUAAGCUAUGGUCUGAUCAGUGAAAACCUUCCACUCCUCACAGAGAAAGACAAGAAUAAAAACACAGAAAUGCUCCCUCCAGAUCCACGCCUUCAGCCACAGAGCUGUUUGAUAAUUCAACCCCCUCCUCCUCGUGGGGGUCGCAAAGCAGCUGUCAGCACAAAGACCAACAUGCACAUUCUUGUAGAUACUGGACUCAAGCUGCUUCACAUGGGUUUGAAAAAAUCCAAAGUAAACUCUUCUGAGGAACAUGCGCUAGAAAUGCUGGAUCCAUUUGUGCAGAUACUGAUUGGCUGCCUGCAGUCUAUGGAUGUAAAGGUCAUCACUGGAGCUCUGCAGUCCCUCAUCGGGAUGCUCAAGUUUCCAUUACCCUCUAUAGAGAAGAACACAGAAGAGCUGAUUAAACAGCUUUUCCUGUUGUUAAAGGACUACGCAAAAGCAGGUGCAGCCAGAGGGCAGAAUUUUCAUUUGGUGGUUAGCUGUUUCAAGUGUGUUACAAUACUGGUUCGACAUAUGAAGGGAACAAUUACAGAGAAACAGCUGCAAGUGUUGCUGGGUUAUGCUGAAGAGGAUCUGUAUGAUUCUACACGGCAAGCCACUGCAUUUGGUUUGUUAAAGGCUGUUGUAUCUAGAAAGCUGAUUGUUCCCGAGAUUGAUGAGGUCAUGGAGAAGGUAGCAAAGUUAGCAGUGACCGCCCAAAGUGAACAAGUGAGAGUUCAUUGUCGACAGAUAUACCUGAAAUAUUUGCUUGACUAUCCUCUCGGUGAUAAAUUGAAACAGAACUUGGAGUUUUUGAUUGCACAACUAAACUAUGAAUAUGAAACCGGACGGGAUUCUGCCUUGGAAUUGAUAGCAUUUCUCUUCCAGACAUUCCCACAAGGAAUACUUAACCAGUUCUGUGGUCUCAUGUUUGUCCCCCUGGCUUUGGCGAUGGUCAACGACGAUUCUACAAAGUGUAAGAAGAUGGCUGCCUUGGCAGCAAAAUCUCUUCUAAGCAAAGUCAACACGCAGCAGAAGGACUUAAUGUUCUCAUUGGCUACCCAGUGGAUCAGCAAUGAAAAGUCUGCUCACAAGAGAUUAGGUACCCUGGCCUGUGGCUUGUUUGUUGACGUUGAAGGAGUUGAAUUUGAGAGCAGGUUGGAAGCGACGCUCGUGACUAUUGAAAGGGAGGUUGACCCCUUACAGUUCGAAGAUUUGACAGAAGAGGUAGAAGAGAAGGCAGCUGACAGACUGCUAUUCAGCUUGCUUACCCUGAUUGCCAAGCUCAUCAAGGAGUGCAAUAUUACCCAUCUCCCAAAGCACAGAGAGAUUGUACAUAAAAUUUGUGCGCAUGUUCAGUCCCAUUUGAGGUACCCCCAUAGUUGGGUCUGGCUGACAGCAUCCCAAAUUUUUGGAUUGUUGUUUUCCCUUCAAAAACCUGAAGAACUUGUGAAUAAAUGGAUGGGCCAAAAGACAAAGAAGUCAAAGAAGGCCCAGACACAGGCCUCUGAAGUGUACCUAGUGGAAAAUCUGGACAGCAAGAUGAAAGAUCUUGCUUUUGCUUUUUGCCAUCAGCUACAGUCAAAAUUUCUUGACCAGAACCUGGGAGAACAGGUAGUAAAGAAUUUGCUGUUUGUAGCCAAAGUUAUUUACCUCCUCCAUCCCGAGCCACAGAAUACAGAAAAUCACCCUGAGGAAAAAGAUCUGGAAAGCGUUGAGCAGGAGGCUUCUGGAGAUGAGGAAGAUGCUGACAAUCAGAAGGAAGAAGAGAAAGGUGCCACUUUGAUGUGGCUCAUGAGAAAAUUGUCAAUACUUGCCAAAAAAGAAGCUGCCCAUUCUCCUAAAAUUCCUCUAAAAAGAAUAUGUGUAUUUAAAUUCCUGGGAGCCAUUGCAGUGGAUCUGGGAAAGGAGAGUGUGAAGCCUUUUCUGCCAUCUAUCAUUGCCCCGCUCUUCAGAGAACUGAGCAGUACCUAUUCAGAUCGAGACCCAACGCUGAAAAAUCUCGCUCAAGAAAUCAUUGACCUUUUGAAGAAUUUGGUUGGCUUACAAGAUUUCUCGCUGUGUUUCGCUGGUAUACAGAAACAAGCCAAUCAGAAGAGAGCCAUGAGGAAAAAGCAGAAAGCUCUGCAGGCUGUGGCCAACCCAGAUGUGGCAGCCAGGAAGAAACUCAAGAAACACAAAAACAAAAUUGAGGCUAAAAAGAGAAAGAUUGAGUUCUUAAGACCGGGGUAUAAAGCAAAGAAACCUCGCAGCCAUGCCCUCAAAGACUUGGCCAUGGUGGAAUAACACUGUCUGUUCCAUCGUACAGCAUUCAGCCUUGUACAGUAGGGUGCAAUGUUUCUUUUCAGAACAUUUUUCA